AUGAAGUCCAUGUUCGAGGUGCCGCAUGCCUCGGUGGUGCUGACUGGCGAGCAGGCGCACUUGUGGUCCCAUGGGGGCAAACCAAGCUGGAAGCGCAAGGGCGGCAGCUUCUGUCAGUGGGCGCUGGGCCCUGAUGCACCCAACCCGCUGGUGGUGGAGGAUUCUGCAGAUGCCAGGUUUAAAAGCAGCCCGCUAGCCACCAGCAAGCCGCGCAUUCGCUUCUUUGCUGGAGCACCCCUCCUGGCCACCCGCAGCGGCGAGUGCUAUGGCAUCAUGGCUGUGUUUGACUACAAGCCACGCACUUUCAGCGCCAAGCAGUAUGCGAUGCUGAGCCAUGCAGCUGAGAUCACUGUGCGAGAGAUGGGGCGCGAGCAGGUUUUGCAAGCGCAGCGGGAGAGGCUCAGCAGCGACAUCGCCCGCCCUCCCGCGCACCUGCUGCGGGCUAUGGACGGCUUCCGGGAGGGUGUGGUCCUGCUGGAUCUGUCCCGCCCCGGCUGGACUGUGACCUUCACCAAUGCCGCCUUCUGCACCGCCGUGGGCAUUCCCGAGCUGCUGGCGGUGUGUGGCGACAUGGCCCUCACGGGCGGCUGCCAGCCAUCGUUUUGGGAGCUGUUUGACGAGGCUGCAGAGGGGAGUGGAUCCUACAAUGCUGCUAUCAACUCGCUGCUGGGCGGCCGCGGUUUCCUUCUGAAGGUGAAGGCCCGCGAGAGGGACCGGCGCAACAGCAGCUGCAUCGUUGCUGCCCUCGCCGCCAUGGCAGCUGCCAGGCAUGCCAGCUCCGACCACAGCAGCAGCAGCAGAUGCAGCAGCAGCAGCGAGAGCGGGACGCCUGGCAGCACGCCAGCACAGCCACGGGAGCAGCAGGUGGCAGCGCCACAGCACCAGGCGCAAAUGCUGGAACAGCUGCGGCGGGAAAGCACGACUGCUUUCAUCCCAGACGCGGCGGCAUUGGGAAGCGCGAGCGAGGGUCUGGCUGGAGCACCCUCCCUGCUGUCUCAGAGCGACAGCGCAUCGCAGCUGCGCUCCAUCCCCUCCUUCUACGAGCAGCGGCCGCAAGUGAUGAACGAGGUGACGCUUGGGCCGAUUAUUGGCUCUGGGGCCAUGGGCCGCUGCUACCGCGGCAUGUGGCAGGGUGGGCGUGUGGCAGUGAAGGUGAUCGACUGCUGGGCGGGGGCGCAGCCCAGCGCCGCCGACCGCGCUGACCUGGCAGCGGCGGGCGCGCCCUCCCAGCGCCGGCAGCAGGACGUGCCGGCGGUGGAGGCGGCUCUGGUGGAAGCCCUGCUGGCGCGCUCCUUGUCUCACCCACACAUCGUGACGACCUACUGCCACGGCGCGACCGCCCCACGGGUGGACAACAUUGGCCGGGUGCACCAGCAAGUGUGGAUUGUGCAGGAGUACUGCCGCGGCUCUUUCCACGAUGCGCUCAAGCGGGGCCUGCUGUGCACGCCAGAGGGAGCACCCAACAUGCACGCCAUCCUGCUGUCAGCCCAGGAGAUUGCAGGCGCCCUGCACUACCUGCACCAGCGCGACGUGAUCCACGGAGACCUGAGCCCAGGCAACGUGCUGCUGGCCAGCAGCACGAAGGACCGCAGGAGCUGGGUGUGCAAGCUGAACGACUUUGGGCUGUCCAAGUGCGGCGAUGUGUCCAACUGGUGCAAGCGCAGCUCCAUCCUUGGCACAGUGACGCACAUGUCCCCAGAGCUUCUGGCCGAGGGGGCGAUGACCAAGGCGGCGGAUGUGUGGAGCUUUGGCAUCCUCCUGCUCGAAGCUUACUUGGGCCGGCGCGCCUGGAGCGGCUACAGCACUUUCCAGGUUCUGAGCGCCAUCACAUCGGGCAAGAUGCCCUUUCAGAUUCCAGAUGAUGCGCCGCCGGCGCUGGCAUCCCUGCUGGCCGGCUGCCUGCACACCGACCCCUUGCAGCGGCCCACCUUUGCGCACAUUAUGGAGGCAGCCCAGGCCAUGCUGGAAGCACUGCCUGGCCCUGGCUUGCAAUACCCUGUGGCAAGCUCCGCCGUUACGGCAGAGCAGGCUGCAGCAGUGGAGGCAGCAGCACAGGCGGCCCCUGGCCCGCGAGAGCAGCAGCAGCGUCAGCCGCUCAACGCUGCCGCGGACCCGCGCACCGUCGUGCUGCGUUGCAGACCUUCCAUCGAUGCGGAGCCGCUGUUUGAGUCGCCAUUUGCCAGGCGCGCCUCCAGGGCGCCUGUACCCAGCCCUGCCUACCCCAUUGGCGUUUCCGUGCGGGAGCCCAGCUUGCCUGCCAGCCCGUUCACUGCAGCUGCUGCAGCAAGCGCAGCGCAGCAGGGGGUGCCAGUGUACCGAUUUCAGAGCGCCAUGUGA